AUGUGCAAAGCGUACACCGUCCACUUCAUCAAACCACCCUGCACACCCUACUGCGGCGGACAGCUUACCACGCGCAUCCGCCCCUGCCCCUACCGCGGCACGCCCGUCUGCCGACCCGAGCCCGACCACCAGAUCAAAGUCAGCUACCGCUGCGCCAUGCACUUCCAAGCGACCGUCUACCCCAACGUCGACGCCUUCACCCGCGACAUCCUCACCCACACCCUCCCCCACACCACCACCGACCCCGGCAGCAGCAGCAGCAGCCCCAUCACCAAACUCGACGCGCUCGACCCGGACGUAGCCACACACAUCCAACAAUUCGGCGGCUGCAUGUACAUCGCCUACCAGGAGGAGUACUACGAGGCGGCGCGCACGGCGACCUACAUGCAGCUGCACGGCGGGGCGCUGCCGCCGGGUGUGGAGCAGGUGCCGCGGCGGCACGGGGCGAUACUGAGGGGCCUGUAUGCCAAGCUGCGGGAGGCGUACGCCCGGUUUUGUGACGGCGAUCGCUGGGUGGCGGUCGGGGUGCCGAGGGAGCGGCAGCCGGAGAGGGGACGGUUCUUUUAUCAGUAUCCGCUGCUGGGUGGCGGGUGUUGGGAGCAGUUGUUGGCGGAUGUGGGGCAGCAGAGGGGGGCGCAUUAUUCGUUUGCGGAUAUCUUUGAUGGGAUGGGGUGGGAUAUGGAGAGGAGGGGUGGAUCGUUGUCGUCGGGGGAUGGGGAGGUUGGUGAGGAUGGGGGGGAUGACGGGGUGGCUUUUGAGAAAGAAAGAGGACCGUUUUGCGUGGACGACCUAGACGACUGGGAGCGCUCGGACCUGGACUCUGAGGAUGAGUACGGUGUGAAUGAGAAUGAUGAAGACACCACGGCUACAGGUCUUGGAAUAAGAGAGCCGCCGGUAGGUGAUGAUAAGAACAGGUUGGCCAAACCAGAGUAUAAUAAGUGGUAG